UUCUGCAGUCCCAGUCUUCUCAGACUCCUAGAGGAGGAGGGACAGAACAAGAGCGGAGGGACUGGGAAGGGGUCCCAUCGUUGCACAUCCCGUCCUGCGUUUAACCCGGCGUCUCUGUCUCUAGUCUCGGAUCUCUCCUACUCCAGUCUCCAGCCAUGAGCCCUCCUUUCCGCUCUGGCGUCUAUGUGAGCCGCCGGGUGGCCCUGCUGCUGGCCGGGCUGACUGCUGUGCUCCUGUUGGUGCUAGUGGUUCUGGCUGCCUUGUACGGCAGUUGCGUGCACGACCUCUGGGAGGAGGACACCAGCUGGUGGCCUCCGGGCGACCCGGAGUGGGCACAACCCAACCCUACACAUGAGCCCACGGUGGGGAUCUCCCAAGACGUGGCACCACCGUCGGGGCCCUGGGAUCAUCUGCGCCUGCCUCCCUGGCUUGUCCCACUUCACUAUGACCUGGAGCUGUGGCCCUGGCUGCAGCCAGAUAACCUGACCGCACCGAAUUUGACCUUCACAGGUCGCGUGAACAUCACUGUACGCUGCACAGUGGCCACCUCGAGAUUGUUACUGCACAGCUUCCUUCUGAAUUACAAGCAAGUGGAAGUGUGGGGUCCUCUGGCCCCGGACCCUAGGAACGCUACUGUUCGCCGCGUGCCGGUGGAGAAUGUGUGGUUUGCGCAGGACAUGCAAUUCGUGGUGCUGGAACUGGGCCAAUCCUUAGAGCCAGGUCGCAGUUAUGAGCUGAAUUUCGACUUCUCUGGCCAGCUGCUUCAGGUUGGCUACGAAGGGCUCUUUCUGAGCUACCACAUUGAUAAGGAUGAGUACAGACCCCUGGUAGCAUCUCAGAUGGAACCAACAUUUGCCAGGCAUGUUUUCCCCUGUUUUGAUGAGCCAGCUCUAAAGGCAACUUUUAAUAUUACAAUUAUCCAUCAUCCUGGGUAUGUGGCUCUUUCCAAUAUGCCCCAGCUAGGUCAGUCUGAAAGAACUGAUGUGAAUGGAAGCAGAUGGACUGUCACUACCUUCCACACCACACCCCGCAUGUCAACGUACCUCGUGGCACUUGUUGUGAGUGACUUGGACUAUGUCAGCAGAACUGAGAGAGGCAAGGAGAUACGUAUCUGGGCCCGGAAAGACCACAUUGCAAAUGGAUAUUUAGACUUUGCUGCAAACAUCACAGGUCCCGUCUUCUCAUUCCUGGAGGAUUUGUUUAAUAUCAGUUACCCACUUCCAAAAACAGAUAUAGUUGCCUUGGCUGUUUUUGGCACUGGUGCAAUGGAAAACUGGGGGCUGUUGAUAUUUGACGAAUUAUACUUGCUCCUGGAACCAAAGGAAGAGCUGACAGAGAAAAGAGCCAUGAUCUUGAGCUUCAUCGCCCAUGAGGUUGGGCACCAGUGGUUUGGAAACCUGGUGACCAUGAGCUGGUGGAACGAUAUCUGGCUCAAUGAAGGCUUUGCAUCUUAUUUUGAACUUGAAUUAACUAACUACUUCUACCCUAAAGUUCCCAUGAAUAUGAUCUUUUUUUUAACCGUUUUACAUGGUAUCCUUGGAGAAGAUCAUGUCCUGAGGUCUAGAGCUGUGUCCACUCCAGUGGAAAAUGUCACAGAAACAGGAGAAAUAAGCAGACUCUUUGACUUAUAUACUUACAAGAAGGGAGCGUGUAUGGCCUGGAUGCUUGCUAGUUUCCUGAGCCAGCACUUGUUUAUCAAGGCACUUAAGUCUUAUUUGGAGACAUUUUCUUACUCAAAUGCUGAGCAAGACGAUCUGUGGAGACAUAUUCAAAUGGCCGUAGAUGAGCAGAGUGUAAUUCACUUGCCAGCAUCAGUAAAAAGCAUAAUGGACAGCUGGACCCACCAGGGUGGCUUUCCGGUCAUCACGUUAAGUGUGUCUACGGGCGUCAUUAAACAAGAGCCGUUUUAUCUUGACAAUGUUGAAAAUCAGACUCUUCUAAGCCACAGUGGUACAUGGAUUGUCCCUAUUUAUUGGAUGAAAAAUGGAAUCCCACAACCUUUAGUCUGGCUAGAUCAAAGCAACAUGAUGUUUCCUGGGAUGAAACUUUCAGAUUCUGACAGUGACUGGGUGAUUUUAAACUUCAAUGUGACUGGAUAUUACAGGGUUAAUUAUGACAAAUUAGGCUGGAAGAAGUUAACUCAACAACUUGAAAAGGAUCCUAAGGCCAUUCCUGUGGUUAACAGGCUGCAGCUGGUGAGCGACGCUUUCUACUUGGCUAAAAACAAUUACAUCGAGAUUGAGACGGCACUUGACUUAACUAAGUACAUUGCGAAAGAAGAUGACGUCCUCGUGUGGUCUGAAGUCUUGCUGAGCUUGGUAAACAGGGAAGUUAUUUAUGAUGUGAACAACUAUGCUUUAUACCCAUUAUUGAAGAAGUAUUUGCUAAAGAGACUUAACUCAAUAUGGAAUACUUAUUCAGCUAUAAUUCAAGAAAAUGUGGCAUCAUUACAAGACAAUUAUUUAUCUCUAUUUUCACUAGAAAGGAUUUUUGAAACAGCCUGUUGGCUGGGUCUUGAAGACUGUCUCCAGCUGUCCAGAGAGCUCUUCAGAAAAUGGAUGGCUCAUCCAGAGACAGUAAUACCUCCUCAGAUUGAAAACGUGGUUUUAUGCAAUGGCAUUGCUCUGGGGACCGAUAAGGACUGGGACUUUUUGUUUAAUCUUUACCUCAAUACAACCAAGGAAGAGGACGAUAUGCGCUUUGUCCAUGCAAUGAGCUGCAGUAAAGAUCCGUGGAUACUUAACAGAUUUAUGGAGUAUGCCAUCACUGGGAUUCACUCCAUUUUUAGUGACAUGAAUAUAAUAGAAGCUGUAUCGGCCUCCGAAGUUGGCCGGUACGUUGCAAAGGACUUUCUAAUGGAUAACUGGGUAGCUGUGACUGAAAGGUAUGGAACAAAUUGGCUGGAUGCUAUAGUACACGUUUUAGGGAGGACUGUCAGUACAGAUCAGCAGGUUACAGAGUUGCAGCAGUUCCUCAACACUGUAUUGAAGGAGCACAAGAGGACUGCGGCCCAUGCCAAAUUACAGGCAAUGAAGACGAAGAAUCUGAAAAACAAGAAGAGAAUUGCCAGGGUGGUUGAGUGGCUUCGGAAAAACACAUAAUCUGUGGCUCCGUGGAGGAUGCCUCUUGCGUCUUAUCAUCUUGUUUACUCACUGUUCUGGCUUCCAUAGUUAGUGGCUGCGCCAUUAACUCAUACUUGGCUGUUACUGUCAAAUGGUGUCACAAAAGGACAAACAUUGUAGAAUCUGCAAAAUGCCCUCAGGAUCUCCCUGAAGGGAUGAAAGCUGGGGGGGGGGGGACAGUGGGGGGAGUGCUCUGUGUAUUCCCCUGUGGGGGAAAGUCUUUCAGAGUGCCUGAGGUCAAGGACACCAACUGUUGCAGACUAAUCUUCUGGGCUAAGGGAAAAUUCUACACGAAGAAAACCAAAUGUCAGACCACAGCACAAUUCUCAUCAUUUUGUAAGCAGGAGAGUAAAUUCAACUUGGCCAUGUUGAACCUUCUUGCAAUGGGGAUCCAUGGACUUUACAGAGUCACGGAGGCACUGAGACACAUGGAAUUAGCUUAGACCACAGAGCACAUCCCCCGUGCUUCAGACACUAAGUCGGCCAUCUAGCGCUUCUUUCUUUACAUUUUGUUGGUGGGUGUUUUUCCCGAAUGAGGGUAAAAAUCUGCUAUCUACCUCACAGUAGUAUUGUAAAGAUUAAGGAAUAUACUGUCUAUGAAAAGUCCUUAAAACUUCCAGACAAGACUAGAAGUUUAGAAGUUUGUUUUUGGGUGGCUUGGUUAAUGAGAGGAAUCACAGUAACAAGGGAAAGACUGUAUUCCAGGGACAGAAAGAACAAUCAAAGAGGAAAACAGGACUGGUAAACAGCCCAGAGGGACAGACAUGGGAUGGAAAGAAAACUAGGUCAUUUUCUGCCAUCGCAUCAUGCAUGUCAUACUAUUAUUAUGCAAAAAUAACACCAAACGAUUACAAAAUAAACAGUCACUACGCGUUCAAAUGUUGAUUUGGAAUUUGUAACAUCUCACAUUCCUUAAAACGCCUCUAAGUUUUCUGGAGAAGGCUUUGUGCUUGUACGUGGUGAAAGCAACAUUAAGCCAUUGUGCUAAGGAGCCAACUUCCUCUACUCCGUAGCAAAGCUUAAAGAGCACAUUGCUAACCCCUCUAACUGAUAAGGCACCCUUUACAAACCCAGAAGAUGUAACUAUACAACGCCCUGCAUAUGGCUGUGCAUUCCCGUGACUAAUGUUAUUUACCGGAUGCAAAUGAAAACUUCUGUGCUGGGUAUCCACCUGGCAGCUUCCACUGGCUCGCCGUCCCUUUGCCACCUUCCUUCUUGGAGAAAACGUAAGUAGAUGAAUAAAAGUUAUUUGGACUUGG